UAUAAUAUAUAAUUAUUAAUUAGGAUUAACAAACCGCCAGGCUGGCGGUUGUAUACAGUAAGUAAGAUCCCACGACCAAGAAAUUUCUUCACGUUGUCCCCAACACUACAACUGCUGCGUACAAUCUACUGUUCAACAACGAAGACUAUUCUGCUCUCAGUCAACGCUUCCAUUUUCAAGAUUUUCUUUUUUUAAUUUUUUUUUCUUUUAACUAAAUAAAUGUUGUUUGUUGUUUUCCUUUUGUCUUUGAUUUCCAAAGCUGUAACACCUGGCCACCUCUUCCUUCCUCAUCUUUUUCCCCCAAGAAUCCAUGAUUCAAGAUUCAUGGUCGGUAAUCGGAAUACAAACACAUACUUAACCGCUUUUUCUCUGCUUUAUUGUGUUUCUUGAUCACAAUUUGAUUUCGAAAUUGAGUUUAAUUCCCCCCAGCAAAAGCAUCUGCAAGAUUCUUCUUUUAAGAUUUAAUGGCGGAGAGCUGGGAUGGAAGCAGUAGUAACAAUGACUCAGCUUCUCAAUCCGAAGAGAGCCACCAUUUCGAAAGGCUCCGUAUCGAGCCAAUCUAUGAUUCCUUCCUAUGCCCGUUAUCCAAACAAGUGAUGCACGAUCCCGUUACUUUAGAAAACGGGCAAACGUUCGAGCGAGCAGCCAUCGAGAAAUGGCUCAACGAGUGCAGAGAAGCCGGAAAAAGACCGACUUGCCCCCUGACACUUCGAGAGCUACGAAGCACGGAACUGAACCCAAGCAUCGCCUUGCGCCACACCAUCGAAGAGUGGAAUGCGAGAAACGAAGCGGCAAAGCUCGACAUGGCUCGGAGAUGCCUGUCGUUGAACAUACCGGAAAACGAUAUUCUUCAGGCACUGAAAUUCGUGCAGCACCUCUGCCUCAACAAUCCCGUUAACAAGCAAGUGAUACGGAAUGCCGAUUUGAUACCGAUGAUUGUUGAUGUGUUGAAGAGCAGUAGCCGUAGGGUUAGGUGCACUUCUCUCGAAACCCUUCGGAUUGUGGUCGAGGAAGAUUCCGAUAAUAAGGAAAUAAUGGCUGAAGGGGUGACUGUGAGAACGAUAGUAAAAUUCUUGUCACACGAGCAGUCGAAAGAGAGAGAAGAAGCUGUUUCGUUGCUUUACGAGCUUUCCAAAUCCGAAAGGCUGUGUGAAAAGAUUGGUUCGGUUAACGGGGCGAUUCUCAUUUUAGUGGGAAUGGCUAGCAGCAACUCGGAGAAUCUUAUUACAGUCGAAAAGGCCGAUAAAACCCUCGAUAAUCUUGCACAGUGUGAGAACAACGUAAGACAAAUGGCUGAAAGUGGAAGAUUGCAGCCUCUUCUCACACUUCUUCUAGAAGGAUCUCAAGAAACUAAAUUAUCGAUGGCAACAUACCUCGGCGAACUUGUCCUAAACAACGAUGCAAGAGUCUACGUGGCAAGAACAGUCGGUUUCUCACUCGUAAACCUCAUGAAGCACAACAACAUGCAGUCAAGAGAGGCCGCUCUCAAAGCACUAAACCAAAUUUCAUCGUAUGAAGAAAGUGCGAAAAUCUUGAUCGAGGCUGGAAUUCUCCCCCCGCUAGUCAAAGACCUCUUCACGGUCGGAUCGAAUCAACUCCCCAUGCGCCUCAAAGAAGUCUCCGCCACCAUCCUCGCCAAUGUAGUCAACUCCGGCCACGAUUUCGACUCCAUUCCGGUGGGGCCCGGUCGGCAAACCCUAGCCUCAGAGGAAACAAUCCACAAUCUCCUCCACCUCAUCAGCAACACGGGUCCCACAAUCGAGUGUAAGCUUAUCCAAAUCCUCGUCGGGCUGACCAAUCCUCCGGCGACAUCUGUCUCGAGCGUCGUGUACGCUAUCAAAAGCUCCGGUGCCACCAACAGUUUGGUUCAGUUCAUCGAGGCGCCCCAGAGAGAUUUAUGUGUGGCUUCUUUGAAGCUACUUCAGAAUCUGUCACCUCACAUGGGCAAUGAGCUUGCCAGCUCACUGCGGGGCCCAUCUGGCCAGCUCAGCAGCUUAAUCGCAUUGGUGUCGGAAAGCGCUGUAAUAACAGAGGAGCAGGCGGCAGCUGUUUGUCUGCUAGCCGACCUCCCCGAACAAGACAAGGGUUUGACGAGACAGAUGCUGAACGAAGGGGCGUUUCAGUCAUUUAUUUCGAGAAUUGUUAGUAUACGACAAGGCGAAACGAGAGGGAACCGUUUUAUGACACCCUAUCUAGAAGGGCUCGUUAAGGUUCUUUCAAGAAUCACUUUUGCCUUGUCUGAACAGUCUGCUUUUCAAGUUUGCCGUGAGAAUAACCUAGCUUCGCUUUUUAUCGAACUUCUGCAAACCAACGGAUUGGAUAACGUACAGAUGGCAUCCGCCACAGCUUUAGAGAACCUGUCACAAGAAACGAAAAAUUUAACAAAAUUACCAGAAUACCCUCCACCUCGUUUUUGUGCCUCGAUAUUCCCCUGCUUGAGCAAGCCAGCUGUCAUAACGGGAUUGUGCCGCGUGCAUCGAGGGGCUUGUUCCUUGAAGGAAACAUUUUGUCUGCUGGAAGGGCAGGCGGUGGAUAAACUGGUGGCACUUUUGGACCACAAAAACGAGAAGGUGGUGGAGGCUUCGCUGGCGGCAUUGGCCACUUUGUUGGAUGACGGUGUUGUAAUAGAAGAGGGUGUGCAGGUACUUAUAGAUGCUGAGGCAGUGAAACCGAUACUCGAUGUUUUGCUCGAGAAACGAACGGAGAAUCUUACAAGAAGGGCUGUUUGGACAGUUGAGAGAUUGUUGAGGAGUGAGGAGAUUGCUUACGUUGUUGCGGAUGAUCCUAAUGUAAGUACAGCGUUGGUUGAUUCUUUCCAGCAUGGCGAUUAUCGAACGAAGCAGAUUGCCGAGCGUGCGUUGAUGCAUGUUGAUAAGAUUCCCAACUUUUCGAGUAUCUUUUCAAACACGACAUAAUCUUUUUUUUUUCUUUCUUAAAUUGAUUUUUUUAUACUAG